ACAGCACUUCCCUCCUUCUAUCAAGAAAUUGAACUUCACCAACAUAUCAGGACUCCCCAAAACCAUCUGGAUUUGCCCUUAGUGGUGUUGUAAAGCUUAUGAGGAAAUAAGGACAACUUUUAACAUAAAUCACCCCAGAAACAAUUUCAUUCAAAGGGUGUCAUUUCCUUAAGAGGAAAAAACUCUAGGAAGCUAAAGAGAAGACAGAAAAGAAUCUCAAUUGGUGACACUUUUUUUCCAACCUCAUUUACACCUCAAUUUUGAGACACCUAUAAUAUUUAGGAAUUAACAGAAAGGUUACAAGACAGAUGUUUGACACUUCUUAAGUUAUUUGUUUAGAAGUAUUUGUUGUCCAUGGAAUCCAGCUAAAAGACUGUAUCAGUUACCGAAACAUCUCUGCAAGCCAACUGCUUUCAGAAAGACCUCUAUGACUAGCACAAGAUGGUGCCCCUAGCAUAUUAUGAUCAACACUUCGUGCCCUUAGAACACUCUUACCAACUGGCCGCAACCAGCUCAUUAGCACGUCAAUACACAGAUGAAAAAUUAAAUCAACCCAAUAACCAAUCUGUGGUCAGAGUACAAUCCCAUAGUAAUAACCUUGUAGUGCCUCCACCAAACUCUAGCCAGAAGGUACAGAGAUGCUCAGAAUUGCCCUCUGUCACGUCUCAGGACACAAUUUCAGGGGACUGCUAUAACGGGGUUCUAAAAUCACCAUUAUCUCACUCCAAACAUCAGGCCACACCUUCACUACACCUCCAGCGGAGAACUCCCUUGUGGCCUAAUAAUAAGAAAGCCCUGAGCUCGCCUUUGUCCCACCCUAAACCUCAGAACACAUCUUCAUUUGACCUCAUUAAGACAUUGUCACCAGAGCCCAGUCAAACAGACUGGAGCUCACAGUUAUCCUUUCCUAAACCUCAGAAUACGUCUUCCCUAGAUCUUUUCUGGACAUCACCUCCACUGAAGUCUAUUCGAAGAGUGUCAAGUUCAUCACUAUAUGUCAAUCAUCAAGAAACCCCUUCCCAAGACUACCUAUGGACAUCAUCAUCUUUGGAACCUAAUCAAAGAGCCUUUAGUUCAGCAUUACCCCAGUCCAAGCCUCAGAAACCCUCUUCAUUGGACAGCCUGUGGUCGUCUUUGUUAGAGCGCAAUCAAAGAUGCUUGAGCUCACCAUCUCUCAACUCUACAUCUCAAAUAAAUUACUUGUUUCAGACAUCACCUGAAGCCCAGCAUUUGGAGCCCAGUCAAAUGACUCUGAGCUCAUCAUUACCUGACCCCAGACUUCAGACACCACCUGUAUUGAGGUCCAAUUCCAGUGUUCUGAGAUUACCAUUGUCCAAUUCAAAACCAAGAAAGUCACCUUUACCACACUCUGUCCAGCAGUCAAAGAGUUUGCCGUUGCCCAAAACACUUGAUCAUGACUUCAGGACCCCGAGCUCAGCAAUGUGUCACUCCAGAUUGCAGGACACCACUUCACCAAGUGACAAACACAAAGCCACAGAUCUUUCCUCAGCUCAUCCCAAACCAAAUGUCUCAGGUCAAUCAUUAUUCAGCUCCAGGCACUCCAUGAGGAGCAUAGCUGCUUUAACACUGGGCUCCAGACUCCAGCGAAAAAGCAGUUUUGAUCAUUGUGAAGAGACAGGACCCGGUAAAGAAAUUCCAUGGACUUUAGAUUACACUCAACCCUGCAUUGUUAAAGGUGGAACUGUCCCCAGUGAUGUGGUAAAUAAAAUCGUCAAUUCUCUCUCCAAGACCAGAAUCCAGAGGGAUCUCUGUAGGCAGAUUCUCUUUCGAAGGAUGAGGGGAAGACCAAACCCUCGUCCUGGCCCCCGCCUUUCAUCAAGUUAUAUGGUUUGCUUGGCCUGUGCUUCCUGCAUCAGAUCUCAUUGCAGCCAUCUUACAGGAAGGAAAGACCCCCACGCCGCCACACUCUUUGUCAUCCCAACUCCUGAACUCACUCCUGAGAAGGAGAUAACGGUGAAACUAGUGUUUAUCCUUUCCCUACCAGAGACUACUUUUUUACUCCCUGUGAAAGAAAACCAGCCCGAUGAAGCCCAUGAAGACAGUCUUGAAGGAAUGGAGAAGAUGUCAAACAUUUUCCCUACCUCGGAAACUGAUACCACUCAGGGAGCUAGUGAGAAGAAGACCUGGCUGACAGAAGCCCCCGAAAACCGAGCUGUAAGCCACCGGCCCCAGGCUGUAGACUGGCUGCUCUAUGUGAAGAGAAACAGUAGCCCGCAGUUCCAGCCCGUGCUCCCGUCCUCUGCCUCCUCCACGUCUUUGUCCUCCUCAUCCUCUUCAUCUUCCUCCUCCUUUUCCUCUUCCACCAUAGCCCCCUUACCCCCUCCUCCUCCUCCAAAAGGGUCUGCCGUCUCAGACUGUGUGGUCACGAAGUUACUUAGUUACCACCGGUUGCCUCCAGGGGUCUCCUGGCUUGAGUUUAUAUGUAGUAAAAAUCACCAGCCACUUCCUGGAAAACCGCGUCCAAGUCAAUCACCAUCUCCCAAAGCAAGGCCUAUGAGGAAUAGCACCACAGUUAAAAGGAGAAAGGGGCCCAAGACAGUGUUCAGAAUUUUCCAGACAAAGUUUCAAAAUGAGAGAAAUCUUGAUUAAAUUAACUUUUUGUUUCUUUGAAGGCAGUUGACCUCUUAGUUCUUUGACAUUAGUUUGAUUUCCUAUCAUGCUUAUUAAAAUUCUUAGUAUUAACUAAGUGUGCCUCUAUAUUUCAGCUGAUGAAGCAAUUAGUUAAGGGGAACUAUUACUUUUAAGUUUAUUUUUGAAGAGCCUUAAAUAAUAGACUUAUUAAUAGUCUUAAAUAAUAGACUAAUAAUAGUCUUAAAUAAUAGACUGUGAGCUUCUAGAAGCCCAAAAUGGAAUCCUAUGUUUUUAACCACGUGCCUGGCUUACAGUAGCCACUAGAAAAUAAUUGUUAAAUGAAUUAAUAAUAAUUGACCACAGACCAUAAAUAUCUCAUUUGUCUUGCCUUGAACAGUAUCCAACUCACUGUUAUCCUCCUUCCUCAUAAGGCAUAAUAGUGACAAUAUCCUUAAAACAAUUUAUGCUAAUCUGGUUCCCUAUCUCUAAAGAAAAUUCAGAUCAUGUUUAACAGUUAAUACAUAUAGGAAGGAAUCUUUUCAGUCAUGUGUUCCUAGAGAAAGUUCUUCUAUGGUAAGAUCCCACACUCUUAAAUGCAACAAUUUAUUCAACCUCAGCAAAUCUCAGAAAAGAAUAACCAACUGGUACAGAUAACCCUACCUCAUGCUAACUGUACCAAUAUUUCAAUUAUAGGCUGUAAAGUCACCUGCUCAUCACUUCUACUUAUACAACAUAAAUGAGUUAAUAAAAAUGUUUAAAAAUUG